AUGUUGGCGAAGACGACACAUCGCCUUGUUUCGAGGUGUUUUUCGUCAGUUUCUUCGAAGACGCUUAAAGUUGGAGAUGCAUUAAGAGAAACAAGAGUGUUCUCAAGUGAAGAUGUUGAGGCCUAUGCUGAAGUGAGCCGUGACUGGAACCCUCUUCAUUUUGAUCCUGAAUCUGCUCGUAAAGCCGGUUUUGAGAAUCGUCUUGUCCAUGGAAUGCUUGUUUCUUCCAUGUUUCCCCGUAUUAUCUCUGCCCAUUUCCCUGGAGCAGUGUAUGUUUCUCAAAGUCUGCAUUUUCGAUCACCAGUUCACGUAGGAGAUGAGAUUCUUGGGUUGGUACAAGCCACUGCUCUAAGAGAAACCAAGAAUAAGUUCAUUGUGAAAUUCUCAACCAAAUGCUUCAAGAACCAAAGUGAACUUGUUGUUCUUGAUGGUGAAGCUACUGCAAUCUUACCAAACCUAGAAAUGCUGAAGCCAAGUCCUUCGGAAUGA